UCUAUUCCAUACACAGGAACUCAGAGGAUAUAUACAGAGGAUUCAUUUGCUUAUGCAGUGAAUGAAAGUUGAUGUGUUUAGUUUUAUUUCCAGACAUACAUGCUGAACGAGCUAAGCCUGAGUAAAGAAGUAAAGGAAGGAAGAAACAACAUGACGUCUUCAAGCAGCAGCCCCUUUAGGAUGCCCAGCAACAUUCUGGAGUCUGCCAUGCAGAAAGAAGAAGAGAGGAGACAGGAGCGGAGAAUGGAGCGCACUCUGAACAUGCACGAGAAGGGGGUUAAUCCCCGAGAGAGCGUUCGUUCCAUCAUGUCCCGCUGCAUGAAGGAGAUAGAGGACGAAGAGCAUGACAAAAAGUGGAAAGAAAGCACAUCAGGAGAGGCAGCCUACUUCGCUCCCUCAACUAAAUUCGUGCCACUCGAAAGUGAAUUUUACCACAUGGGGACCUCCCGAGACUUCAUAGAGAAGCAGGAAGAGAUUGUUCGACUGCAGUGCUGUAUCAUAGCAGGGCGAGAGAAAAUUCAGGCUCUGAAGGAGCAGAUGUCCCUGCAGGAAGAGGAGAUGGCGCAGGCUGAGUAUCGCUGCCGUGACGAAGUCUUUUCGGAGUACGUCGAGGAGGUGGAGAAGAAAACAGUGCUGGGUUUGAAAAGGGUUGAAGAAGAAAACGAAGCCCUGCGUGAGACAAAGCAAAAGAUCGAGAAGACCAAAUGGGCACUUGCGAAAGUUAAAAAGGAUGUUGCCGAGCGCUCGGACAUGCUGAGUCUGGACAAACAGUGUCAGGAGUUGCUCUGGAACAUCUCGCCCCCUGAGUGGCGGAAGCAGCAGGAAGCCAGGAAGCAGACAGCUGAGAGAAUCAAGGCUGCUGCAAGAGAGACGAAACCGGCUACACAAGCUACCCGGCGUCGAAGAAGUGACGUAGGUCUCAUGCUUCCGCCAAUUCAGGAGAGUCAUCAUGGGAUAUUCUUCAAUAAAGAGAGUUGCACACUGGAGAAGAUCCCGGAAUACGACGAGGGGUUUGUGGGGAACCUGGAGGUCUAUGAGAAACCGCAGAUCUAUUUCACCGACCCUAAGCAGCUGCUGAACAUCAUGGCAGAUGUGGACGCAGACAUCAAUCGGCUGUCUGAUGACCUCAGUCGGGUGGAACAUUGUCUGGAGUGCCACAAAAAAAACAUGAGCAACUUGCAGCAGGACAUGGAGAAGGACACUGCUCAGAGUAAUGAGGAGACGGACUACCUCACGAGAUGCAUGAAUAAAAAAAGAGCAAAAGCAGCGAAAAUAGAGCAGCGCAUCAAAGAAUUCAAAAUGAGUGAAGACGGUCCUGAACAAAAGAAUGCAGUCCUGAAGCAGUUGAACCAGAAGAUAUCAGAGCUGUACAGGGUCUGCGUGGGAGAUUUACCGGACAUGAGCUCACAUGAGCUGCUCACAGCGGUCGAGACGCAUUUCCAUGACCUGCUCGAACGGUUCAACACACUUCCAGAGGACGAAUUAAAGACUAUAAAGAAGGAGUACCGCAGAGAGAAGACGGCCAGGGAUAAAAAACAGAAAGAACUGAUGGUGCAGAUGGAUCGGGAGGAACGGCGGCUCCAGCGUGCUGCACGCAGGCAACAGCGGGCUCUGGAAAGAAGAUAAGAAACCUAGUGGAAAGAAGGUCAUGUGGAGGUCACAUCUAGAAAAGAAAGAACUGAAGGAAGCCGCCCUCGCCGAGAAAGAGAGAAAAACUGAAUGAUACUUCUUUCAUAUAACGAGUAACACGGUACCAUAAGGUCCAGAAAUACGCUUUCAAUAGUUUGAUAUUUUAUUUUAUUACCACAAGAUGGCAGACAAGCACAAUAAAACUGUACAAAUAUAAUUAUAUAAUCUGUAAUUACUGUCUUUAACUGUAUUUACAGAGUCAUACAUACCUCAGAACAUAUAUAUGCAGAGCGACUAGCUAACUAUUGGUGAUUUUAUAAUAACUAAAUUAAGCGAAACUCGCCAGAG